GGCUGCGGGCGGCGGCCGGGUGCUCCGUACGCGCCGCCCGCGGGACUGCAGAGCCGGCGCCGGCUGGCCGCCCGCACGCCGCCUCCUGCGGUCAUCCAGAAACAUGGAGGCUCCGGGUGCCCAUCGGGAAGGGCAACGUCACACCUCCUGAGGGCAGCCAGGAGGACUCCGGCUUUUGCUGAGCAUUGCAUCUUACCUCCUUCCUUUCAAAGGCUCCAGAUCCCAGCUUACCUGUGUGCCCCUAACCAGGCAUCCCACGACCCCUCCAGCCCAGCCCAGCCCUAGAGCUCACCUCCAGGCCCUGGAGCCUGCCCUCCUGCCCAGAAUGACUCACCAUUAUUUCUAGCUCAAGUGAGAAGACAUGAUGGGGUGUCGGGCUGCCCGUUUGUAUAUCUAGGAUUCCUGAAGCAUCGGAUCAGCUCUGCAAGAAAGAGAGCUGCAGAUUCCUGCCUUGCCAGCCAAGCCAGGCUCUCUCUUCAGCUCUCAGGGAGCCCUGGGGGCUCUCCCGCUGGAACCCAGGCUGAUGCUGCUGUGUUUCCUGGGGCCGUAAGCACCAUCCCAAGCUCCCAGCCACCAGGCAGCUAGAAGGCACAGCGAGAGGCGCCUCUCCCGGUUCCAAUUAUGACAGUGGCCACCGGAGACCCAGUGGAUGAGGCUGCUGCCCUCCCUGGGCACCCGCAGGAUACCUAUGACCCAGAAGCAGACCAUGAAUGCUGUGAGAGGGUGGUGAUCAACAUCUCAGGGCUGCGGUUUGAAACCCAGCUAAAGACCUUAGCCCAGUUUCCAGAGACCCUCUUAGGGGACCCAAAGAAACGGAUGAGAUACUUUGAUCCCCUCCGGAACGAGUACUUUUUCGAUCGGAACCGCCCGAGCUUUGAUGCCAUUUUGUACUACUACCAGUCUGGGGGCCGGUUAAGGCGACCCGUAAAUGUGCCGUUAGACAUAUUCUCUGAAGAAAUUCGGUUUUAUGAGCUGGGAGAAGAAGCAAUGGAGAUGUUUCGGGAAGAUGAAGGCUACAUCAAAGAGGAAGAGCGUCCUCUGCCUGAAAAUGAAUUUCAGAGACAGGUGUGGCUUCUCUUUGAAUACCCAGAGAGCUCAGGGCCUGCCAGGAUUAUAGCUAUUGUGUCUGUCAUGGUGAUCUUGAUCUCAAUCGUCAGCUUCUGCCUGGAGACGUUGCCCAUAUUCCGGGAUGAGAAUGAAGACAUGCAUGGCAGUGGAGUGACCUUCCAUACCUACUCCAAUAGCACCAUCGGGUACCAGCAGUCCACUUCCUUCACUGACCCUUUCUUCAUCGUAGAGACCCUCUGCAUCAUCUGGUUCUCCUUUGAGUUCUUGGUGAGGUUCUUUGCCUGUCCCAGUAAAGCCGGCUUCUUCACCAACAUCAUGAACAUCAUUGACAUUGUGGCCAUCAUCCCCUACUUCAUCACCCUGGGAACAGAGCUGGCUGAGAAGCCAGAGGAUGCUCAGCAGGGUCAGCAGGCCAUGUCACUGGCCAUCCUUCGAGUCAUCCGGUUGGUAAGAGUCUUUAGGAUUUUCAAGUUGUCCAGACACUCCAAAGGUCUCCAGAUUCUAGGUCAGACCCUCAAAGCCAGCAUGAGAGAAUUGGGCCUCCUAAUAUUCUUCCUCUUCAUCGGGGUCAUCCUCUUCUCUAGUGCUGUCUAUUUUGCAGAGGCCGAUGAGAGGGAGUCCCAGUUCCCGAGCAUCCCGGAUGCCUUCUGGUGGGCAGUCGUCUCCAUGACAACUGUAGGCUAUGGAGACAUGGUUCCGACUACCAUUGGGGGAAAGAUCGUGGGUUCCCUGUGUGCAAUUGCAGGUGUUUUAACCAUUGCCUUACCGGUCCCUGUCAUAGUGUCCAAUUUCAACUACUUCUACCACCGGGAGACAGAGGGAGAGGAGCAGGCCCAGUACCUGCAAGUGACAAGCUGUCCAAAGAUCCCAUCCUCCCCAGACCUAAAGAAAAGUAGAAGUGCCUCUACCAUUAGUAAGUCUGAUUACAUGGAGAUCCAGGAGGGGGUAAACAACAGUAACGAGGACUUUAGAGAGGAAAACUUGAAAACAGCCAACUGCACUCUGGCUAAUACAAACUAUGUGAAUAUUACCAAAAUGUUAACUGAUGUCUGACUGAACCCUAGUAACCUACUCACAGCUCAAUGGAACUAAUGCAGACAUUGCAUAAUAGCCUGCAUUGUAGUCAGUGUGUUCUACAGUGUGUAUCUGGUUCUGCAUGGAAAGCAAUAGUCGUGCAAGUGACUUUUGAUCUUUUGAUUUUUGAUUUAGAACACAGAAUAUCUAUCCAUGGCUUUCAUGCAAAUCUUCAUCACCGGCUUAGGGGUUUCCAAAGAUGGGAGUCACCUAUGGAAGCCAGGAUUUCAGAAGGACACAUUGAGGCCACCUCAUAGCAGAUACAGAACCCAUCACAUCAGUGCCACCUUUUCUUCCUAAAGAAAUGCACACAGCAUCUCAGAGAUGCAACUCCCACCACUACCACCCUCACCAUCCCACCCCACCAGCCCACUUGAGCCUACCUCCCCCUUCACAGAGAAAAACCAUGGUGGCUUAGCCUUAAAGUUCUGGUAAUUAUUCAAAAGGUCAUUCCCAUUUUUGCAUUGAAAAGAACACACAGUGCUGUGUGUUGGAAUUACUUUCUGUGUCACAGGCUGGGUGUUUGUGAAUUGCAGUUGCCAAGUAGAUGCUCCGGAGGCUUGUGUUUCAUAACGGAAAAUGCUGCAUUUGGUUUUUUUCUCUGCAGUGUCAAAGUGAGGGAACCCCGGGGGAGGGACAGUUAGGAUGACCGAAUGUGAGUUGUCAAGUUUCACAUUUGCUCCCUUCGCCCUACAGGGAGAAGCUAACAAACCAAGGGACCUCUCAGCUUCAGAUUUCACCAUUUUUGCAGGCUUCAGGGUCACAAAAGCAUGUCUGAUUUGUUCGUUACACUGGAGUUUGCAGGCAUCUGCUUUCUAGUGCUGUUGCCCAGCUACACUGACGCUGCAGUGAAAUCUACCAGUGAUGCGAUAGAGCUGCAUGGGUGUUUGUUGCAUGAAUCUCAAUAUUUAAAACACAGGAGAUAACCUAUUUUCUUAGUAGCCUACACAGUAUUCAUAUUUAGACUAUUAAUAGCCUAGGAAUGGCAUUGAACUAGGAGUUUUUUUUUUCCUUUCCCAUCAGAAGACAAAAAGCCCUCAAUCAAGAGGAAAAAAAAAAAAAUAGACUUUGGAGUGAAGAACCAAAACUUCUGGCCCUCUAGUCCACCCCCAUCCCUGUUCUUCCAAGUGGGGGUACAGACCUCUGCAAAGCCAGGGGAGUGAGCAGGGAAAGCAGUGUCUAACACCUCACGUGACUGCACCUUAGGAAUGAACCUAGUCAUGGGCAAGACUGUACAGCCGACUGGGGCACGUUGUCCUGAGCACAGGCGGAUCUGUGGAUCCAGUGUAUAUACCUAUGUAUCAAGUGUCUCUUCCA